CCGCCGCCCGUUCCGUUCCGUUUCUUCCUUCGCAAGUUGGUCGCGCGCUCAAGGAGCCGAAUCGCUCACCUUUCCCCCCCAAACCCCGCUCCCCCCGAACGAAAUCCUCCAGAAAAAAAAUCCCACCGAGCGAGCAGAGGACACCGAGAUGGCGGCUCGGCGGCUGGCCGGCGCGGGCCGCGCGGUGCUCUCGCUGCCCAGCGUGCGGCGGCGGGCGACCAACUCCUGGGCCGCCGUCCGCGACACCUUCUUCUCCACCAAGGAAGUGUUCGAGAGCCACCGCGUCGUCUUCACCGUCGGCACCUCCAUCGCCUCCGUCCUCACGGCCUGGGCCGGUUACUCUCUUCGUCAUAUGCAGCAAACAAAGAUCGACAAGAGGCUUCAUUCCAUUGAGGAAUCUUUGAGGAACACCCACAAAGUUGAACAUGAUGAGAUCAAAAAGAUUGUUACCUCCUAUAAUAUUAGCACUUCAGCUUGUAUAGCCACUGCAUUGACAACUACGGUUGUUGGGUACGCCCUGGGGUGGCGCGGCGGAGCCUGGUACACCCGGAGGAUCGUCCGGAGGGAGCAGCAGAAGCUGAUGGGCCAGAUAAAGUCGCAGAACCGGUGGCACUGGCGCCCCUUCAGCAAGCUGAGGACCCGGUUCAGGAGCAACCGGCACGCCUCCAAGACCUCCGACGCCGCGCCACUUCCCGGCAAGGACGCCGAGGCCUCCAUCAACAAGGGCCAGGGCAGCGAGGCCCUUUCGAACAACGCAGCCUCGGCGAACGCCAGCAGUGGCUCCCAGCCAGCAGCGGCGGCCGCGGCGGGCUGCAGAUGACUCUGGUUAGAAAGAAAACGCGGGUUUUGAAGGAAACAACCGAUGACGUGCCUGGGAAGGAGAUCGAGGGCAAAGAAGAUGCUAAGACGUUGUAGGUUUAUAUAUGGACUGACAGUCGACCAGCCAGUCACUACUAAUCUUUUGCCAAUAAAAAGAAAUGCCGGCCUUAAUCCGGUGGUGGCUAAUUUUGUAGCGUUAACCAGGAAACCAUCUGGAUGAUUUGAUAAGUACUU